CUGCUUCAGCCCAGGACGCAGGGAGCAACCGUGUGGUAGCCCGUGUUUUCACUUCACAGAAGAUCCGUGUGGACUUCAGGAGCUUCCCGAGGCUUUCGUGGUCUGAUUCUUGCAGCUGACUGACAGCUUCGGUUUCCACAGCCCUCUGUGUCGGGAUCAGAAUUCAUGUGCUUUUAUCAUGCUGAACUGCUGGGGUCGGGGAGACCUUCGCUCCGGUUUGUGUCUGUGGAUAUGUGGAUUCUUGGCUUUCUUUAAAGGCAGUAGAGGCUGUGUGUCUGAGGAACAGCUCUUCCACACACUCUUCGCCCACUACAACCGCUUCAUCCGGCCAGUGGAAAACGUUUCUGAUCCCGUCACGGUGCACUUUGAGUUGGCCAUCACGCAGCUGGCCAAUGUGGAUGAAGUCAACCAGAUUAUGGAGACCAAUCUGUGGCUGCGUCACGUCUGGAAGGACUACAGAUUGUGUUGGGAUCCAACGGAGUACGAUGGCAUCGAGACGCUUCGUGUUCCAGCAGAUAACAUCUGGAAGCCUGACAUCGUUCUGUAUAAUAAUGCCGUCGGCGACUUCCAGGUCGAAGGCAAGACCAAAGCUCUUCUUAAGUACGAUGGGGUGAUAACCUGGACCCCGCCAGCCAUCUUUAAGAGUUCCUGUCCAAUGGACAUCACCUUCUUCCCAUUUGAUCAUCAAAACUGCUCCCUGAAAUUUGGGUCCUGGACUUACGACAAGGCUGAAAUCGACCUUCUCAUCAUUGGCUCUAAAGUGGACAUGAACGACUUUUGGGAAAACAGUGAGUGGGAAAUUGUCGAUGCCUCUGGCUACAAGCAUGACAUCAAGUACAACUGCUGUGAAGAGAUUUACACAGAUAUCACCUACUCGUUCUACAUCAGGAGACUGCCCAUGUUUUAUACCAUCAAUCUCAUCAUCCCCUGCCUCUUCAUUUCCUUUCUCACCGUGCUGGUCUUUUACCUUCCUUCCGACUGUGGCGAGAAAGUGACUCUUUGCAUCUCGGUUCUGCUUUCUCUAACUGUCUUUUUGCUGGUGAUUACAGAGACCAUCCCAUCCACGUCUCUCGUGAUCCCACUAGUGGGUGAGUAUCUACUGUUCACCAUGAUCUUUGUCACGCUGUCCAUUGUGGUGACCGUGUUUGUGUUGAACAUACACUACAGGACCCCAGCAACGCAUACCAUGCCCAAGUGGGUGAAGACCAUGUUCCUUCAGGUCUUCCCCUCGAUUCUGAUGAUGAGGAGACCUCUGGACAAGACAAAGGAAGCAGAUGGUGUUAAGGACCCCAAAACCCACACCAAGAGGCCGGCCAAGGUCAAGUUUACUCAUCGAAAAGAACCCAAGCUUCUAAAGGAAUGCCGCCACUGCCAUAAGUCAAGUGAGAUAGCGCCUGGCAAGAGGUUAAGCCAGCAGCCUGCACAGUGGGUGGCAGAGAAUUCAGAGCACCCACCUGAUGUUGAAGACGUGAUCGAUAGUGUUCAAUUCAUAACAGAAAACAUGAAAAGCCACAAUGAAACAAAGGAGGUAGAAGAUGACUGGAAAUACAUGGCCAUGGUGGUGGACAGAGUCUUCCUCUGGGUGUUUAUAAUCGUCUGUGUGUUUGGAACUGUGGGGCUCUUUCUACAGCCACUGCUUGGGAACACAGGAGCGUCUUAAUCGGGAUUUUCCUUUUGCCUUCUAAAUCUUUUAAAUGUUUUUUCCUCCACUACUUACCACAAGAAAAAGUCAAGUUUGCAGUCUCCUAAACCAAG